UCUCUCUCUCUCCAAAUAUGACUCUGUUUCCCCGCACAGGGAACCACAGCCCCUCACAUGCCUGCAUGCUUACACCACUGAAUCCUGCAGGAGGAGAGAAUUAAGCACUGCAUCUGUGGUCAGUUUCUACUUCAAAAUCUUCAGUAGAAACUUCCUCCUACAUGUAACUCUGGGAGUGUGUUUGAGGACACAGACCUUGAACAAAGAGCCCUGCUGCUGGUGGAGAGGGCUGGGUUUGCUCUCUAGUCUGCUUAACGGAUUUUCUUUUUUUUUUACACGACGACAGAGGGAGCAGGAUCGGACACAGCAAGGCUGCAGGCUCGUGACUGACCACGGCCUGAGCCAAACACCAGGGGGAUCCCUGUCCAGACAUUGUAUGCGUGUGCAGCCAUGGGGAAGGACUACUACAAGACCCUGGGGAUCCCAAAGGGCUCCAACGAGGAGGAGAUCAAGAAGGCAUACAGGCGCAUGGCCUUGCGCUUCCACCCCGACAAGAACAAGGAUGCCAAUGCUGAGGAGAAGUUCAAGGAGAUCGCAGAGGCCUAUGAGGUGCUCAGUGACCCCAAGAAGAGGGUGGUCUAUGAUCAGCUGGGAGAGGAAGGUUUGAAGACAGGAGGCAGCAGCUCCUCAGGUACUCCCGGCAGCUCGACGUACCACUACACCUUCCAUGGAGAUCCCCAUGCCACAUUUGCCUCCUUUUUCGGCGGCUCCAACCCCUUCGACAUGUUCUUUGGCUCCAACCGCAGCCACAACCGCUCCAAUGGGUUCUCUCACCACAACGACCACGACAACGAGCAGGACAUGGAUGUGGACGAGGACGACCCAUUCGCUCACUUUGGGAGACAGUUUGGCUACUCUAGUGGGAUGAAUAACGGCUUCCCAGGGGAGGGACGGAGGAGGAGGGGGGCACCGUCAGAGCGCCUGGGCACUGGGCGAAAGCACCAAGACCCUCCGGUGGUCCAUGAAUUGAAGGUCUCCCUGGAGGAGAUCUUCCAUGGCUGCACCAAGCGCAUGAAGAUCACGCGACGGAGGCUGAACCCAGAUGGGAGAAGCAUGAGGACAGAGGACAAGAUCCUCAACAUUAUCAUCAAGAAGGGCUGGAAGGAGGGAACCAAGAUCACCUUCCCAAAGGAGGGGGACGAGACCCCUGAGAACAUUCCUGCUGACAUAGCCUUUGUGCUUAAAGACAAGGGACACGCCCACUUCAAAAGAGAUGGUUCCAACAUCAUUUAUAACUGCAAGAUCAGCCUGAAAGAGGCGUUGUGUGGCUGCACAGUUAGCAUUCCCACGCUGGACAACCGCAUCAUAUCGCUCCCCUGUCAUGACAUCAUCAAGCCUGGGACAGUCAAGCGAGUCAGAGGGGAAGGCCUGCCUUUCCCAAAGAACCCAUCACAGCGGGGUGACCUCAUCGUGGAGUUUUCCGUCCGUUUUCCUGACAGGAUCCCCCCUCAGUCCAGAGAGAUAAUCAGACAACACCUGCCACAGUCAUAAGAAGACUCACAUGAUCCACAACACGCUACUGAAUAAACUUAUUGAACCCAGAAAACCAACACCUCCUUUAUGUGCCAUAUUUUGACAAUAUGGCAGUUUCUCUUCCCACUUCCAGUCCCCAUACUCUGUGUAAAUGCAUCCAGCUCUAAACUCUGCUGUUUGUAGGGCCAUCUUGGUGGGAGGAUAAGGGAAGAUUUCUACAUGAAUGGCAGAAUCACAGUGUAAUUAUUUGCAUUUGUUUUGGCCCCACACACACAAGCACCCGAGCAUGGAGUGGUGCUGGGGACGGGCUAAGCACAACCGUGGCUUUUACCCAAUGGUCUUUUCUUAACUGUGUUUUUUACAAAUUUAUUGGUGGUUUUAUAUGCUGUCCGGCUCUCUGAUCCUUGACUUUUUGUGAUGGGAUGAAGCUUGGGAUAUUUUUUUAAAGGAACUUUUUUUCCAGGAUUUUCUUUUCCAAAGAAAAUUUCAAAAUAGGAAUAUUUACUUAAUCCUUGAGUGUACCAGCAGCCUCAGUGUGUUUAGAGCAAGGUUUUAACAUACCCCCCCCCCCACACACACACACACACACACACACACACACACACCUGCUGUUCUCAUGAGCUGAGUCUGAUUGAGUGUUACGCUUGAAGCCUGCAGACUGUUUCCUGUUUAAUAAGAUCUGUCUCCCUUAAAAUCUUUUAUUUUCUGAUGUGUGCGUUGCCAUAGCACAGAAUCAUUGCAGUCAAAUAAAGUCUCAGCUGCAUUGAAAAAAUCUGGGAAUGACAAUCACACACUAACAGCAGUGUAAGCUUGGAUAAUACAAUCUACACGUUAUUUGGGUGCUUUCCCCUCUGAGCUGUGUGGCUCUUAUACUUAUACAGCCUCGCUCAUGCUACGAGGGACAUUAAGGUGCCUUAGCCCGGUGUCAUACUACACGUGAACAACCACACAGGUCACACUGUAACAUAGAAAACCAGCCAUGCAAAGUGCACAACAGAUGAAGCCCUAUUCUGUGUUAAGCAUUACCUUUGGGAUCUGGUGGUAAACACCAAGCAAGCAAUACAACUGUGAAAGUUGUACUUUAUGUAAGCAAAGACAUUUCUAACAAAAACUGAUGAAUUUUGCUAGUUCAUUCCUGUAAAGUGCCAUAUAAGUACAGGCUGGAUUUUCCAGAGGAAUUUAGUUUUUAAUUGUUCAUAGUAAAUAGUGAAGAUUUCUCUGUGAAACCCAGCUCUGUUGUGUAUUCUGCUUUCUUUUGUGCCAUUUGAAGGCAUUGUCUUGGUGCUACUGUGAGCAGUGCCAAAAACAGACCCUCAGAGGAUCUACUGUUUGGUUUCAUGAGUCCUCAGUCUGUGAUUUAAGAACUGCUUCUGUCAUAGGUAACAUCUGUACAGUAAACCUCCCAUCUGUCUCUUAAAGUAGAUAACCCUGCUUAGGCAGGUUUUGAAUUCUUGCAGCAGCUGUUCUGUGCGUCAGCUCCAGGGGGCUCCAAAGCUCUGUUCAGCUCUUCCUACUCUACUUUACAGCAAAUAUAAGAUGUAUGUAUGAGUGUGGUUUAUGCAGACAGACCUAGGAGGUCAUAUACUGUAUAUCAUGUGUAUGUGCCAAUGUUUGAAUGCAAAAUUAUAAUAAAAGCACUUUUGUGUCAUCAAGGAUACUGAAACUAUGAGACGAUGGGGCACACUUAAAUGACGUAUCUUGGAGAGAGUCCUUCCUCUCAGAGAUGAAAAAGAAACGCUGGACUGUGUUCAAAACCAAAUGCACAUGUGCUGCUGCUGAGAGACUGACACUGCUUCUGUGCAUUUUAACAUAUUUAUGAUCUAUUGAAAACAAAUAAACCAAAUGUGUGAACUUAA